AUUCAUUUAACCAAAACCAAAUGCAGCAUGCACGUGAAAUGGAACUCAUCCUGCCGAUUAUCGCAAAAAUAAACCUAUAGGAUUCUUUGCAAUUGUGUUUUAGAUAAUUGUUAGUGAGAUGCAAGUGUCUUCUGCCAACAACGUCAAGGUUUAUAACCUUAGCACUGGAAAGAGCCUACCAGAGUGGCUGUCAGAUCGGAAGAAAAGAGCACUUCAAAAAUCUGAUCAUGAUGUUCAAAAGCGCAUACAACUCAUCCAAGACUUUGAGAUGCCGACAGUCAGUGGGUGCAUCCAAGUUUCCCCAGAUGGACAGUAUAUUCUGGCCACAGGUACCUACAAGCCUAGAGUGAGAUGUUAUGACGUCAACCAUCUCUCCAUGAAAUUUGAAAGAUGUAUGGAUUCAGAAGUUGUCAAGUUUCAUGUCAUGUCAGAAGACUAUUCCAAGCUUGUAUUCCUGCAGUGUGAUCGCUACGUGGAGUUUCACGCCAAGUAUGGUCGCUACCAUCGGCUCAGGAUACCUAAGUUUGGGCGCGACCUCACCUACCACAAACCGACAUGUGACCUUUUUCUUGUUGGUGUCAGUCCUGAAAUAUAUCGAAUCAACUUGGAACAGGGUCGGUUCCUGAGUCCUUUUGUCUCUGAUUCAGUAGCCAUCAAUACAUGCUCAGUAAACCCAAUUCAUCAGCUGCUGGCUGUAGGGACCAUUGAGGGGCGAGUGGAGUGCUGGGAUCCACGGACGAGGAGGAAAGCAGGGGUGCUUGAUUGUGCCCUUAGUAGCAUUACACCCCAAACACAGGUGAAAGGGGUGCCUGCUGUCACAUCUUUAGCAUUCAAUGGGGCUAUGAGGAUGGCUGUAGGAACCUCAACAGGCCAGGUACUGAUGUAUGAUAUCCGUUCCAAUAAACCCAUGCUGGUCAAGGACCAUAGGAACGGUCUAGCCAUCCGAAGCCUAGAGUUCAGCCCAGCCACAGAGAUGGUCGUCUCUGCAGACAGUAGGGCUGCAAAGAUAUGGAGUCAGUCAGAUGGGAAACCAUACGUGACGGUUGAGGCUGAGCAUGACUUCAAUGAUGUAUGCUUGGUUCCAAACUCAGGACUUAUGCUGAUGGCUUGUGAAGAACCAAAACUUCUCUCCUACUUCAUUCCAGGUCUUGGACAAGCUCCUAAGUGGUGUUCGUUCCUGGAUAGUUUGACCGAGGAGCUGGAGGAGAACCCUACAUCUGCUGUCUAUGAUGAUUACAAGUUUGUCACCAAGACGGAGCUUGAAAGCUUAGGUUUAAGUCAUCUAAUCGGUACCUCCCUGCUCCGAGCUUACAUGCAUGGCUACUUCAUGGACAUCAGGUUAUACCACAAGGCCAAGUCUAUCGCUGAUCCCUUCGCAUACCAAGAGUACAGGAAAAACAAGAUUAAGGAGAAGAUUGAGGAGCAGCGAACAAGCCGUGUCAAAGUCAAGAAACUGCCGUCAGUCAACGCAGCCCUGGCAGAGAAACUCCAAGAUGAACAACUGUCAGAGAAAGCAAAGAAGGCAAAGAAAGAGGGGGCAGCAAACAUCUUGUCUGAUGAUCGUUUCUCAGCUCUCUUCAAGAACCCAGACUUCCAAGUUGAUCAGGAGAGUGAAGAAUUCAGGCUGGUACAGCCCCUGGUUAACAAACAGUCCAAGAAGAAAGAGAAGCCGGCCAUCGUGGAACAGUUUGAGGAACUAGACCCACAGGAUGAAGAAAUGGAAGGACGAGCGAGCAGCGAUGGAGACAGCAGCUCUGACGAGGAUGACCGCUCCUGGCAGGAGGAGCUCAGGAGGCAACAUUUCAUUCUCCGCCAAGAGAGGGAGAUGAAAAAAGAGGCGGCUCGUGAGAGAGAUGGCCAAACAGCAGGACCAAAGUUCUACGAACUAAAAUCGGGGGAGGAAUUCAGCAUGGCAGCAAAGAAAACAGAAGGAGCAUUAAAGAGAUUAAAGAAAGCCAGCCUUGCGGAGAGGGUAGAAAAAGAAGCUGACUUUUUGAGGAGAACGUCAUCGUCUUUGGGUAAUCAACAAAUCAGCUUCAAAUCUGUAAAGAACGAUAAGAACCAGAAGAACCGAGAGGCAGCUGCAGAGCACCAUAAAGAGAGGAGGAAACUGCGUCGGUCGGCUGGUAACCUCUCUAAGAAGAAACACAAUCGUACCACCACGUCAUGAUGUCAUUGAAUUACACUUCAUAAAGUGCAAGAACUUUGUUGAUAGGUUCGCAACCUGCCGAAAAAGAAACUUUUCAGGAAUACUUCCAUCAUACUGCAGACUGUAUGACACCACGCAAAGGAGGAGGAAACUAGACCAGUUCAUUGACCCUACAGCAUAUACGAUGUUUGACAGUGGAUGGCGACCUUACUCCCAAACUGCGCAGGUCAGCACGAUCAGAUUACGAAACUAGAGCAGACGAUAAGCCAAGGUUUCUUCCGGCAGUGUAAACUAAUUCCUCAUUUUACUAUACUAUUGUUCAGGUCUCAUGAACUCCCCCAAUGAUUUGAUGAGAUCUAUGUAGGUACCAUCAUAAUCUGUUAUUAGUUUCAAAUUAUAAUUUUUAUCAGACUUUCCAGUUCUCGACCCAUAUGAUUGUAUUUGUAUGGGAACCGGAAGUGCCAUUGCCAAAUAUAACCUUGGCCGGUGCUGCCAUUUAUGGCCAAAUAAUGUAGCUGUGGUAGCGAGAAUUGGCCACCUCUCCAUUAUGAUAUCAUCAGAGAUUAUAUGACACCUUAAGGGAGGAUAGAACUGUGUUAAUCUGCUGGAAACCUGUCUAAGAAGAGACGCCAUUGGACUCCAUCAUGACCUCGUUGAAAAUUCCAGUAACCCUUUAAAAGGGGAUGUAGCAUGCCAAAUACUGGAUGACGCCAUGUACAACUUCUUUUGGAAAACAUAAACAAAUGGACUUGAUUAACGGUCAGUGCACACCAGCGUUCGCGAAACAGACCGAAGUUCUCCUCACGCUUCGGUUUUGCGUAUGUUGCACUCACAUAAAUACUGCGGUCUUGUCGUCCGUAAUCGUAUUAUACCCGAUUAGCCCCGAGUCAGGCCAUGGGAAAGACACAUAGUCUCGUCAUGCUACACCCCCUUAAAAGGCAGUCUUUACACAGGUUGUGGUUUGGCUCAAUAACUUCUGAUUCAGAGCCCUAACAUUGUACAUCAUGCGAGUACGAGUAGAAACUACAAAGGGCAAAAAUUCUGUGUACAAUGUAUCCAUAUUUGUUUUUAUUAAUCAUAUGGAAGAAUCCUCUUGGAAUACAGUAACAGUCAUUUUCAUGUAGCUGUUUUAAUGUUUGGAUAGACAUUGUCUAAUUUUCUUGAGUCAAAGGAGUAUUGAAUAUAGAAUGUCUGUAACUAACACACCUUUUUUUAAAUAAACCUGAAAUUUAUUCCAAUCAAUGGAAAAUUACUUAGAAUCGACCUCUACGUCCAUUUGUCAUCUGGUAAGAGUUUCCAUUCAUUCCAGCCAAUUUUGAAAACUUAUGAUGAAGGGAAAUAAUUUUCUGCUUUUAAAUGCACGUUUUCUAUUGGAUCUAUAGAAGGUACCGGUACUCUUUUUGUUAAAGUUAUCCAAAAAAUAGAUUUUUAAGAAAUCAUGAAGAUAUUGAACACUUUUACUCUUCAUUUGAUAUGACCAAUACUUUUUUCUUUGGCAUAAAAAUUUAAUUUGAUUUUAUCACUGUACAGACAUUUGUUAAUCUUUAAGACAAGUGCCAAUUACCUUUCACUUCUGAUGUUUCUUUAUUUUUUCUAUACUGGAUUCAUAAUUAUAUACAUGUAUUUGAAUGGUUGAAAUGACACUUGCUCCUGUGACAAUUGCUUCAAGUCAUUUUUCUAGACUAACUGAAUUCUGAACUUCAACCCUGGACCCAACACUGUACCUAACCCUGACCUGAAACCCAAUCCCAACCCUUGUCCUUUAGCUUUUGAUGAAAUGAAGCCCAGCGUAAUUGUUGCCGGAGCAAAUGUCAGGUCACUGUUUGACUGGUUACAUAAUUUGUAUGACAUACAUGUAUAAUAAAGUCUACUGGUAUAAAGACAAA